AGGCCCACCAUUGUGUGGAGAUGAGAGGGCUGGGUGGGGUUGGAGAGCUAGCGAUAUGAAUGCCUCCAGUCCUCGGAGAUCCACACUUGACCUGUGGGUGGAGGACAAGAAGCCUUCAAUAUGGUCGUCCUGUCUGUACGCAGGACGAGCCUCCACGUGUGAAGGACUGGGGAGUGAGCAGAGCGUCUCACCAGGGGCGCACCGGAGCUGGGAGAGCCCUGAAGGGACACCUGAGCCCCUGAACAGACACCUGCCUGAAGUAAGAGGAGCUCAUGGGAGUCAGUGGAACACCAGACAACAACCUGCCGUCGCUCCUCCUCUCCUCGCAACCGGCUCUCAUCCAUCCCCCCCCUCCAUCUCCUCCUCCUCCUCCUCCUCCUCCUCCUCCAUCCUCUCUCAUUUUGAUCCCAUCCCUCACUCCCUGCACCAGAGAGGGAGAGCGUGCACUGAGAGAAGAGUCUGGGAGGUAUCCAAGACAUAGGCACUGAGGAAAGUCAAAGAGUAGAAGACGGAAAGAGAGCGAAGAAUCAUCAGCGAUGGCGCUCACAACCUUCUCCUGGUGUCUCGGUGCAGCUCUGGCGCUGCUCUGGGGCCCUUGGUGGCCCCAGGUGCACUCAGCUCUGGCACCUGAGAACGAAGUGCCGCUUCGCCCGACUACAUGGCUACCGGAGGGGAAGAUCACCUCUGUAACGCUCCCUAAAGGACGAACCCGCAGGUUGUACUUCAUGCUGAAGAAGAAAGCUCCAGCGAUGUCGGUGACCGUCAGCCCCUGCGACCUCCCCAUCGAGUGGAGCUUGGCUGCUCGCACCCUCAAGGACAAACCGCUCAAAAGCCUGCAGUGGAGCACCAAGAAGAGCGUGCCAGAGGUGUGGUGGCGAGGUCCUGCGACUGAGGAGAAAAUACACAGCUUCGCCGGCAAUGCGGUGGAUACCUACCGAGGUCCUUCCUAUCCUCCUGCCUCCAUCUACAUCCUGAGGCUGCGCUCCAAACAGCAGAACACCAGAGCUACAGUGUUCCUCCAUGAAGGCCUGGGACCCUCAGGCGUCUUCCCUCUGCUCCCAGCCGACCCGCGAGUUCACACAUUAGGUGUCGGAAUGACCAGUGUCACCCUCAGCUGGGCGCCCAGUGCCUCCAUAACGGGCCUCCCAGACACACAGAACAACCACGACUACUGCGUCCUCGUCAACUCUCGGCAAAACUACGGCAGCCUUUGUGCUGCGCAGCAGAGCAUGAGGAAGGAGAAUGACCAGAAGCAAGAAAAGAAGGAGAAAAAGAGGAGAGUGACUGUGUGGCCGAUUUUAAAAGAGUGGUGGUGGCAGCAGUGGGACAGUUUUCCUGGACCCCAGACUUCUUCGCCUUCCUCCCUCACUGAUGAGUUUGCUGAUCUUCAGUGUGCAUGUGAGGGGACAGAGAGUGUCUGCACCGUUUCUGACCUUCUCCCUGACACCCAGUAUUACUUUGAUGUCUUUGUGAUCGACAGGCUGAAUGGGACUAGUUCAGCCUACAAGGGGACUUUUGCUCGGACACAUGAGGAGGCUCGACCUGCGAUCACCACACUUCGAGAAGGAGAGCUGAGAUGGGUGACCUUCCAUGACAGAGGCUCUAAAUCAGAGCAGUUCUUCAGUUUCCGUCCUCGUGGUUGGCAGCAGAGUGGCCUCCUCACCUUGCAGAGCUGCGGUGGAGAUGAAAAAGUCAGGGUUACUGUGUCGAGUAAAGGUCAGGUUUUGACCUCUCAAGCUGUAGGAGGGGAUUUAGUCCACAUAUGGCUCCAGGGAAGUCCUUCAUAUCUCAUCCACUUGGAGCGAGAAGGAAUUACCUCCGGGCAGAUCCCUGCUGCUGGAGACCCAGCGCUCCCAGGAGGUCUGAUGGCUUCAGUCAAAAUGCAGACGUCAUCCUCCUACCACCGCAGAGGAGUCCCAUCUCUGCCCUCCACCUUGCAGAUAAAGUCCUUCAACCGGUUACGUGGUUGCAACAGCGUCACCCUCGCCUGGAUGGGCACAGAGGAGAGAAGUCUGUACUGUGUGUACCGCAGACAGCUUGGAAACCGCGAAGCAGAGUCCACAGCCCUGACUGCACCCUGUCUGGGGCCGGAGUCCCGCUCCGACACCGAGAGGGUUCUCUGCAAGUAUUUCCAGGAGCUGAAUCCUCGACGGGCCGUCACUACAGCUGUGAUCGGGGGCCUGGAGCCAGGAAUGGCCUAUGUGUUUGAUGUCUAUCUAAUGAGACGCUGGGGGAUCCCUGUCAAGUACGCCAGCAAGAUGGUGAAGACUAGAAAGGAAUGCUGAGCUGCCGCCCCCUACAGGAGGUUUUGAAACUGUCCCAAAUUAGGGGAAAAUGCAUCAGCCAUGGACAUGCUGUAAAGACUGACCAAGAGAACGAAGCCAUUUGACUGCUGUGGAGAGACUGUUACCAUAACGAGGACAUAUUCCCUCUGGAGGAGCGAUGGUUGUCUUCAAACUCCACUUACGCAGUCAGUGCAAGUGGAUGGGAAGCGUAUGAGAAAGAUGUGUGCACCAGCAAAAGUUCAUAACAUUUACAAUACAACUCUUGUGCUUUUCGUCAUUUUGUUUUUUCGUUGUUGAUCAUGAUAAUGAUGUGCCAGUUGUCCAAGUGCUUAUUUUGUAUCUGAGUACAAAGGACAGACGAGGUUUGUGAUGACAGAGAGUCAAUACAACAACAACAACAGACUGUGCCAAAUAUGCAACAGAAGCAGAUGGGGCAAUAAUGAGAUAACAUCUGAGACAGGAUGGCUUUGCAGUGUACAUCUCCAGUGCUGCAUAUUGUACAGGCUUAGAAACACAGAUGGGUGCAAUCUAAAGAUGCUAAGUUCAAAGUCAGUGUGUAUCUUUGUGUUCUGCUUUCGCAUGAAGCAGUGAAAAAAACUUAGUGACUUGCCUCAUUGUCUUUGAUGUAUUCUUGUGCUGCUUCAAACUCACCAAUAAAUACUAGGGUAUCUGGA